UGUAUUUAGUAAUCCUUUUUAUUUUAUGAUUCAUUGUUUUCUUUGUUUUUGAAGGACUGUGUACUGUAUUAAACAUGUUUAUGCACCAGCUGACUUUACUGAACAGUUACCAUUUGUGGAACUGGUUUCAGUCUCAGAACAAACUGGUCUAGCUCGCCACAGACUGGUCUCUGCAGUCCUUCUCUGCUUCCUCCUCCUCCUUCCUGUUUUGGCCUGAUUUCCCAGAGUUCCCACUAUGGCGAUGCUAACACCCCUCCCCUCUUGCUCUGGUUUAGGCCACAGAUGAACCCAUCAGCCCUGUGAAUGGGAUGGAGCCCGCGCUCCGCCCCUUCAGUCUGGUUAUUCCCUUCACAGUGCAGAAAGGAGAGAUCACAGGUGAGGUGCGAAUGCCAUCUGAUUGCACCGCCUGUCCUCACAUCACUGACAACAAGGACGGCACGGUUACUGUGAAGUACUCACCGAGUGAACGAGGUCUGCACGAGAUGGACAUCAAGUACGAUGGCAGCCACAUCCCAGGAAGCCCACUCCAGUUCUAUGUGGAUGCCAUUAACAGUGGCCAUGUGACAGCGUACGGUCCUGGUCUGAGCCACGGCACCGUGAACAAACCGGCUACCUUCACCAUUGUCACUAAAGACGCCGGAGAAGGUGUCAACGCUAUAACACUGUCACAGCCUAUAUAACAGAAUUAUUAUUCAUUCAUUCAUUUUCUACCGCUUAGUCCCUGAAUGG